CCAGUCUCUACUUUUGUCGCUUCCCUCUGUAAGGGCGUGCCCAAAUGAUUUGCAUUGAUAAUAUGCCUCAAUUUAUUAUGAUAUACUAAAUUUCGCCUGAAAACGAAAAACAAAACCCACUCUUCCAAACGCGUUCCCGGAAUUUGGAGCAAGACAAGAAGAAAACGCAAUCACCGCCAGCUUCCUCCAAUUUCCCUUUUCCGAUAAAUCGUUAGGUUCAGCUUCAAUUUCCACGAACCCUGUUUGGUCUCAGCUUCUCUGGUUGGCACAGUGAUCAGUGACAACCUUCCUACCUAAACUCAUGUAACCCAAAACUAUAGAUCACCCAUCGUUUCAUUCAAGCCAAUGAUCAUUUUUUCUCUAUAAUUCUUGGAUCUUAUCUUACGGGUUUUAUUGCUGCUAGUGUGAUAAAUAUUACGUCAAGCCCCCUUUUAGUAUCGCUGCUUAACAUAUCUCGUCUUUAUUGGAACAAAGUCGAAGAUGGUGGAAGGAGAGAAAUUUCAGCUGGGGACUAUCGGGGCGUUAACUCUAUCUGUGGUGUCGUCGGUAUCGAUUGUAAUUUGCAAUAAAGCACUAAUGAGCACGUUGCAUUUUAUUUUCGCUACUACCUUGACAAGUUGGCAUCUUCUUGUCACAUUCUGUUCUCUUCACGUGGCAUUGAAAUUGAAAUUCUUUGAGCACAAACCUUUUGAGCAGAAAGCUGUAAUGGGAUUUGGGAUUCUAAAUGGAAUCUCAAUCGGGCUUUUAAAUUUGAGUUUGGGCUUCAAUUCUGUUGGCUUCUAUCAGAUGACUAAGCUGGCUAUCAUUCCAUGUACUGUUUUGUUGGAGACCCUUUUUCUGGGAAAGAAAUUCAGUAAAAGCAUCCAACUUUCCCUUACUAUCCUCCUUGUGGGUGUUGGGAUAGCGACAGUCACUGAUUUACAGCUCAACGCUUUGGGUUCUUUCUUAUCUCUUCUUGCAGUUAUCACAACAUGUGUCGCUCAGAUUAUGACAAAUACUAUUCAGAAGAAGUUUAAGGUUUCUUCCACUCAGCUUCUGUACCAGUCAUGCCCUUACCAAGCGGGAACCUUGUUAAUCUCUGGUCCAUUUCUGGAUAAACUCUUGACCAACAAUAAUGUAUUUUCUUUCAAUUAUACAACACUGGUGGUGGCGUUCAUUGUUCUUUCUUGCCUUAUCUCAAUAUCUGUAAACUUUAGUACAUUUCUUGUCAUUGGAAAGACAUCUCCCGUCACCUAUCAGGUCCUUGGACACCUGAAGACAUGCCUUGUACUAGCAUUUGGUUAUGUUUUACUCCAUGAUCCAUUCAGCUGGAGGAACAUCAUGGGGAUUUUGAUGGCCCUGAUUGGGAUGAUUCUGUAUUCUUACUUUUGCACUGUGGAGAAUCAACAAAAGGCUUCUGAAGCAACAGCAUUAGCAUCUCAGUCAAAAGAAAGUGCAGCUGAGCCUCUGGUUAAUGUGGAAAAUAGAGGAGCAUUGGCUGAAACUGUUGGACAGAAAAUUCCUGUGUGGAUCAAGGAGAAAGACUAGUAUGUAUGCUUGAUGAACCUAUAGGUAGGCCUUAUAGAGGAUUAAUAAUAUCGUUAUUCUCACACUUUAUAAUAUUUAGUUUACAAGUAUGAAUUGCGUCUCUGGGUAGUAUACUAUUGAGUUUAGCACUAUAUGAGUUGAUAGCUAGCCAGCAGCAUUACCGAGGAAAAGUCUCAAUUCUAGGGGCUAACAAAUAUGACUUAUUUACGCGAAGUGGCCAACCUUUCCUGGGGUAGUUUUCAGGGUAUUCUCUGUGUGUGUGUGUGUGUGCACAUGCAAAUUUUGUUUCUUCCUUCAAUAGCAUAUGGACGUUUUUCUUUUUGUUUGAUUUUCUGUUUAUGAUUUUGAUGUAUAUUAAUUUUAUUCCCAUUUGAAGAGGUUGCUUUUGA